UCGAGGUUUGCCCCAGCUCUAACAACGACGGCCACUCUGAAAGUAUCAACGUUUUGUGACAUGAAAAUUCAACGAGGAUACUGUGUACAUGAAUAAUUGAAAAAUUAAAAUGGUUUCCAUGCAAUUUGUUUUGCAACCGCUUCCGGGCUCGGACGACCAGUUCAUUGAAAGAAUUCGGGAAGUGUCGGAAAAAGUCAACAGAUUUGGUUAUGGCACGCAUCGCAUAUUUGAGCAGUUAAAAAUUCCGGUGAGAGAAGUGGUAAUUGGACCGUCACACAUUGGAGUUUUGCUGGAAGAUGGCAAGGCGUUCCGCGUGUCCUUUUCCAUCAACUCUGAGAAACUUGAUUUGACAAAAUCAGAUGCAAAAUGUUCCACAAGUGGUUCCGGCAGUACGGCCAGUGCCUCAAAAGCCCCCUCCUCGUCCCGGCCAAUGGCCCGGUCCAGAGCCCGACUCCUUCGCGCAACAGGUCGUUCCAGUUCAACCGGACAGGGCUCCGGAUCGCGCAGCACGGGUGUGAUUAUUGGAGGUAGCACCUCGAGCCGACCCUUGGUCACAGUUCCGGCCACGUAUGUGCCGGAGGAGCUCAUAUCCCAAGCAGAGGUGGUUUUACAGGGCAAGAGCAGAAAUCUCAUUAUCAGAGAAUUGCAGCGCACCAAUCUAGAUGUUAAUUUAGCCGUGAACAAUUUGCUUUCGCGUGACGACGAGGAAGCCGAAGAUACCGAGGAAGGUGCAGAUAAUUAUGUGCCUGAAGACCUUAUCUCACUGCUGGAUAACGGCUUUAGCGGAGAUAAUAACAGCGUCAUCAUUGAUCCCUCCGAUGGACUUUUUUCGGAGGAGAUAUUCAGCAAUUACUCUAGCAUUCGGAACCUACUGUUCGAUCGUAUUCGUAGCGAGCGCAGUAAUGCCAACGCAAAUGCCGCAGACAGUAAUCAAUCGACCCGCCCCACAACUUCGGGAGCAGCUUUAACUGGUACCAGCGGAUUAUCAGCUCAAAUAUCGGUUAACGCUGACCGCGAAGCCUUUAGCCGUUGGCGGGAUCGUCAAUACUACGGACCUCGACGCUGGAUAAGCAAAGAUGACUACUCCUGGGAAAAGGAUGCUGAUUCUAAGAAAAAGGAGCCAUCACCAAUGCUGUCUCCCAUUUGGAUAUCGGAAGAACUUCAGCCGUGGCCAGAAAAAAGUUCCGUAAGGUUUAAGACCAUCGGCGCCUUAUACUCAGAAUUCAUUGCGUUGUCAGAGAGUGGAGAUUUAUACCAAUGGCGUUGGUCAGAUGCAGAGCCAUACAAGUCAGAAACCGACAACGUUUAUCAUCCCAAAACUGUGGCCCUCAAUAUAACCGAAAGAGUGGAGCUGAUUUCGGCCAACUUUAUAAGAUGUUCCGUGGUUACAGAAACCAAUCGCGUGGCUACUUGGAUGGACGAGCAGCUGGGGUACCUUGGCGCCAAGCUAGAGCACAAUUCCUGCUCCUUCAACGAGUUUAUAUCGGACCCCAUAACAAAGAUCUACGUCUGCUCUCUGUAUACUGUUGUUAAAACCGACAGCAACAACAUUUACUGGUGGGGAGUCCUGCCAUUUGAUCAACGUCGCUAUUUGUGGGACAAAUUCCGGACAAAGACCAAGAAGCCCUUCAAGGUGGUUGCCACAGAUAUCAAUGUGGGCGCUCAAGUGAUAAUGAAGAAGUGUCCUAUCUAUCAAUCUGGAUCAAUCGGGUUCACGUGCUCCAACGGCGUACCAAAAGUUGGACAGCUUUUGAAUUCCGUUUGGAACUUCACCGAUGUGUGUCGCAUGAAAAUCAUAAAUAUCAACACAAGUUCGGGCGUGGAUAAAUCCCAAGCGGCUGGGCUUAACUUAAAUACCCAUGGAAAUGCACCGGAUAAGGAUCUACCAAAGGCCACGGCCAUGCCUAGCGCUGGGAGCAGCAAGAAUGGGCAAUCAUUCUCAAAUAGCAAGGAAUCGACAGACCGCAUAGAUAUGCCACCACCGCCGUCACCAGCAUCCAGCACAUGCAGCGAUACCGGCAGUGUCACCUCACACAAGCGCACGAAGCGAGUGACCACCAAAGAAGACUCCAAUGCCCCCCAGGAGGGCAGAAAGGACGAAGAGCUGUGGCAACUGAAGGACGUGGUGUUUGUUGAGGACAAAGUGGGUCCCGUUGGCAAGGUCCUGAAAGUCGACGGUGACUUUGUGGCCGUUCGGUUUCCAGCUAUGAAUGCAGCGGCCUCUGCUGUUGCUGCUGCCGUCGCUACCGCAAGUUCAUCCUCUAAUGCAGCCUCCACAUCCAAGGAAGAGGGCAAGGAGGACGACUGGCAACAGUGUCGCUUGCUCCGCCGCGAGGAUGUACAGAUAUACCGCACUGCUAUGUCAACCCGUGGACCCGACUGGCUCCAAAAGCAGCCAAAGAAGAUCAACCUUGGAGCCGAUGCGUCUGGUGCCCAGCUGCUAACUCUGGCCGUGGACUCACGCGGUAUCCAUGUGAUUAAGAAGGUGCUCGGAAAAAUACACUACAGCCUGUACAACCUGUAUAACAGCAAGCAGGAGCAAAAUUGCCUGUUUCCCACGGACUGCGCCUCUUUCAUUGGUUCCUCGCCUGCUAACAUAUUAAUGGCUUGCAACAACGACUGUAGUGGAAACAGCAGCACCAUUGUGCUUCGCGAUGGCAAUGGGGCUCUGUACCCCUUAGCGAAGGAUUGUCUCGGCUCGAUCAAGGAUCCCCAGUGGUUCGAUCUUCCUCCAGUGAAAUCCAUCACAAUGUCAACCAUAUCGCUACCGGCCAUGCUCUCGGGCGUGAAUUUGAAGUCAAAGGUGUGCAUGACUGCUCUGCUUUUCGACACUCAGAAACUUAUGCCGCACAUUUUGCGCUGCGAUGUGAAGAACAGCUUUGCCGCUCUUAGCCGCUUGGAGAGGGAGGAUCAAGCAGAUACGGCUCUGGUCGUAGAUGAGCGCUGCGAUGGAGCCAGAAAUAUAUUCCAUGCAUGUGUGAUUAUGUGUGCUCCAUCCUCAAACAAGGAUUCACCACCAGAUUCGCCCAGCGGUGGUGUUGAAAAGAAAUCUCUAGCAGUAGGACUUUCCGCGGCGCGUUCUAUACCAACGGUGUCGACCAGCGCCUAUGUCAGCAGCAACGCCUUUGGAGCAAAUACAUCCUCUAGCAAUGAAAACUCGAGCUUUGCAACCAUGAGUUCCUCCGCCGCCGGAUCCGCUUCCACGACGAGCAGGGAUAAUAGAAACAAUCUGCGUGAUAUGAUGCACCGCCUAAUAAGCAACGAUCAAGCGGAACAAUCUGGCAGCCAGCCAAUGGCUACCAAUAACGAGGACCACGCCUACAUCCCCUGGCCAGCUGAAGCACCAGCGGCCAGCAAUCUGAGUGCCAGUUCUUCGCAGAACAUCGCGGACAGUAUUGAAGAUGAUAUCUCGAAGAUAAUUCCGUCCUCCUCUCAGAGUUCCAUACUGUCCAACAUAAAGCUGGGAUCACCUAACUACACAUUCGACCUAGCUCAGCGACGGGAGCAUGCAUUGUUGAUCUUGCAGCAAAUGUGCGUCAGUCCUGCCCUGCGUCCGUAUCUUUGUCAAAUGCUAAGCACAAAGGAUGCACAAGGCCAGACGCCGUUCAUGCUCUCCGUUUCGUGCCGCGCUUAUGAGGCAGGCAUUAUACUGUUAAACACCAUCCUUGUGCUAUCCGAGCAGGAUCCGCAGCUUAAGGAGGCCAUGAUUUUCCCGACUGGUUCCCCUGCGGAUCAGUCGCCUCUGCAUGUCAUCUGCUACAAUGACACCUGCUCCUUCACAUGGACUGGAGCCGAUCACAUCAACCAGAACAUCUUUGAGUGCAAGACGUGCGGCUUAACGGGAUCCCUGUGCUGUUGCACGGAGUGCGCCCGGGUCUGCCACAAGGGACACGAUUGCAAAUUGAAGCGAACAGCGCCAACAGCAUACUGCGAUUGCUGGGAGAAAUGCAAGUGCAAGGCGCUAAUCGCCGGAAAUCUCACCAAGCGCUUUGCGCUACUCUGCAAAUUGGUCUCCUGCACGGAUUUGGUCACGAAGUUCAAUUCCAAGGGCGAAUCGAUUCUACUGUUCCUCAUUCAAACGGUAGGCCGGCAAAUUGUAGAGCAACGACAGUACCGCUUCAACGUCAGGGUUCGCAAUGUUGGCACCGCUGCCAGCGGAACGAACGGAAGCAAUACAGUGAUAUCUAAUCGAAAGACAUCAUCCGCCGACAUGGAUAGCGAUAUGCCGGAUCACGAUUUGGAGCCACCGAAGUUUGCUCGAAAAGCUUUGGAACGACUGUUGAUCGACUGGAACGCGGUGCGCUCGAUGAUCAUGAGCGGAGCGGAGAAGAGUGAGGUGAACGUCCCGAAUCCGGCAGGCUCUGCAUCCGAGAACUCAAACUCGGAAGGCUUCAAUAUGUUCAUCCAGACACAGCACGGCUCCACGCUCCUCGACAAGUUUACCCAUAGCCUGAUCGUGAAGUGCACUGGCGACCAUUUAGACACUUUGCUACUCACUCUGGUGCGGGAAUUGCAAAACGUUAGCGUUAUCAAUCGUUGCAAGGAAGCGGAGGAAGUGGCACGCCGCUUCGUUCGUUCUGUUGCUCGAGUGUUUGUCAUAUUCAAUCUAGAAAAGCAGCCGAAUCCGGAGAAGCGGAAGACUCACAACUCGUGCAACAAAUACGUUCAGAGCUGCGUAAAAGUAUUCCAGACGCUCCACAAAAUAUCUAUUGAGGAAUUAUGUGAAGUAUCCGAGGCUCUUAUUGCUCCAGUCCGACUGGGGGUUGUGCGUCCCACUGCUCCGUUUACAAUGUCGUCGUCUAAUCUGGAUAACUCGGACGAUUUGUUCAGUGUGGAUCCUUUGGCACCAUCCAACGUGGAGUCUCCUUCUGAGCAAAUAUUGGGACAUGAUGCUGGAAACGAUCAGAGUGCCAAUUUUAAUAUUCAACAAAACUACGAUGUAGUUGCAAUGGAAACUAUACGCGACGCCUCCGAAUCGGAAGAAGUUAUAAAUAGGGAAACAAACUCCCACAAUCAAGACGACGAGUUAAUUGAAAAUCAACGAAAUGAGGAUGGCAUGCAAGAUGAUGAGAGCGAUAAUGACUUUACUUUCAAUGACGCUGAGACUGAGUCUGACUCCGAUGACAACCAAAGUAAUCAAGAGGUGCAGAGGAGCGUUCAAACUGGGGCAACAGUUGGCUCCGAAAAUGACAUUGGUGUGUUGUUCCUAGAGGAUGAAUCUGGAGACUCCUCGGCCCAAGAAGAAGAUGGUUCUGAGGAUGGCGAGUCCGACGACCACUCUGACGAGUUCAAUUUCAAUGACCAGCAACUUGAACGUCGCACCAACAACUCAAACGCUCGUAGCGAUUUGGCUCCUCAAACCAUGCAAUGGGCAAUAAGAAACCGUGACACCGCCCGUUCGUCCGUAAGAGUUCCCACAGGAUCUAAUUUGGUCUUUAUCGACCCUAUGGCUCUGCGGCGCUCCACUGUGCCGGCCAGUACUACAGUCACCACACCCUCGAUCGAACCUCACACAAUGGCGACAACGGCCAGCAAUUUGGCACGCGCAUUCGGAAUCACAAUAAGACAGAUCUCCGAGCUUAUAAGCAUUCUAUCUUACAACGUAGUGAAUGACAUCGAAACAUCAUUAAAGAUUCAAAGCGAUGAGGCAAUUGCAGUCCAAGCAUUUGUUGAAAAACGUUUGAAAGCUACGUGGGAUUGGAUGUUUACGGUAAUGGACGGAACCGAGGCACAGUUAAAGUUUGGUGCCUAUUUGACUAACUACACCGAUCCCAACCAUCCGCUGCAUCCCCUUAACCUUAGUGCCCAGGCUUCGAGUAGUACCACGCCAGCUCCUGCCACAUCCUCGUCCGUUGGUGGUGUGAAUAUAAUGGGAUCUAAUUCACGGCGAGACUUCUUCACCUACUGCUUAUCCCUGAUGCGAGCCCACACUUCUGAGCACAGAGAUGCACUACCGGUACUGGAUAUAACAGCCUUGCGUCACAUUGCCUAUGUGCUCGACGCUUUUGUUUACUAUAUGCGCAAUGACACAGGCUUUUAUGACAAGCAAGAUACCAUUUCUGGCCGUAUAAAUAAUCUGUUCCCCAUGGUUGAGAGCUACGAUACAGACGACGAGUUAACCAACCUGGAAGAUUUCAACGCCGAUGCUCAGCCUUCGACGAGUAGCAUGUCAUCAGGAAGCCAGGGCACACGGCGACAUGCUUUCUUCGCUCGAUCGGAAUCGACACUGAGCCUGGGAUGUUCGGCGCCAGAAGGUUUCGAUCUGCCACUAGAUAUGGCAAUGCCACUAGCCGACAAACCACACUUGCUGCAACCAAAUUCAAAGCGACAGGAACUUUUCGCCAACCUACCGCUUCUCGUGACGCCAAGUACAAGCAACAGCGCUACCAAUAACAAUGGUGGCAGCAUUUUUGAUUACACUCCCACAAGGCUGGGAUUCUCAAAUUCCUUAAAAAGGAACGAACAUGUUUAUGAAACAGUCCCGGCCAAACAGUCUAUGGAGGUAGUUAUCAAUAUGGAUACUAGCAAGACGGGUGAUGGAAAUGUAACUUAUAAGGCUGAGGGCUCUACAGACUCAAAUAUUUACGUACAAUUAAAGAAAAAACAGGGCUCGGAUGAUUUUAAAUCCCACAAAGAGGCUGAUGGCAAUCACAGCAAAUACGAUAAAGUUGUAUUAAUGGAAACUGAUGAUAUGAGCAAUCUUCCAAGCACCAGCAAAUCGACUGAAGCUUUAAUGGCCACAAGACCGGAAGUUAUUAUUGCGCCUAAUAAAGCCUCAGUAUCACCAGCAACAGCUGCUCGCAGUGUUAUAGUUCUCGCAGGUGGUUCCUGUUUAAAGACGAUUGAUUCGGAUUUAAACAAUUUCUCGGCCUCAAAUUUAUCAACCGCAGAACAAGCUAAAUGUGAUACACACAAUCAAAAGUCAACGCCGCACCACCCGCUAAGCUUUCCCGUUCGCGGUUCUGUGUUUUAUCAAAGUAAUUUUUCGGAAUUACCGUCGUGGAACUUUUUACUAAGUCGCUGGAAGCUAACCUUGGACUUGUUCGGUCGCGUCUUUAUGGACGAUGUAGGAAUGGAGCAUGGAUCUGUGUUGCCUGAAUUACGCGGAUUUCCUGUCAAGGAGAUGCGUUUCCGACGUCAUAUGGAAAAGUUGCGUAACGGUCAGCAACGCGACUUGGUGCUCUGCAAGUUAGAGCGAAAUCGUGAAAGUUUGAUCGUUCAAACUUUUAAGGAACUGAAUACCCAAUUCGGCAACCAAAACCGGCGUACACAGCCGCCCAUCACAUUCAACCGAGUGAAGGUUACAUUUAAAGACGAGCCAGGCGAGGGAUCCGGAGUGGCUCGCAGCUUCUACACAUCAAUUGCAGAGGCAUUGCUGGCCAGUGCUAAGAUCCCGAACCUUGAAUCCGUUCAAGUAGGCACCAGCCAUAGCAAAUACGGAGUGCCGUUCUCUAGCAUCCUGCGCAGCAGAACAGUAUCUGGGUCUAGUCGUGAUCAGUCCACUCUGCAAAGGCGUGGAACCAGCAGCAAAAUAUUGUGGCGAUCGGCUCGGGAGCGAAAGGUAUUGAAUUUGGAUGCCAGACCGUACACCCCAAUAAAUAAUUUAGAUAAUGCUAUUCCGGAAAGCAUGAAUGAUCAUUUGUCAGUCCACCUACAACAAAUUGGAGAACGUCUUUAUCCCAAGAUCCACGCAAUAAACCAAACGCAUGCAGCGAAAAUAACUGGAAUGCUGCUAGAGAUACCGACACCUCAGCUUCUGUCCGUAAUUUCCUCAGAUGAGACACUGCGUCAAAAAGUGAAUGAAGCAAUGGAAAUCAUCUCAUUCAAACUAAAAUCUGAGGCCAGUGCACAAAGUAGUCAACCAAAAAAAACGCCAUCAGUAGUGUUGGUCGAACCCGUAGAUGAUGAUAAUGAACCAUUAUUUUACUCUCCGGGAAAGAGAGGAUUUUACACACCGCGCCAAGGCUUUGCAUCAUUCGAACGCAUUAAUGCAUUUAGAAAUAUUGGAAGACUUAUCGGACUUUGUCUAUUGCAAAAUGAAUUGCUUCCACUGUUUCUACAGAGACAUGUAUUGAAAUACAUUCUUGGUCGCAAAAUAAAGUUUCACGACCUGGCAUUUUUCGAUCCAGCAUUGUACGAAUCCUUUAGGCAAAUUAUUCAAAAUGCCCAAACAAAAGAAGGCGAGGAAACUAUUAACAGAAUGGAGCUAUGCUUUGUGAUUGAUUUGAUGAAGGAAGAGGGCUGCGGUAACAGAGAGCUUAUCCCAGGAGGACGCGAAGUUGCGGUCACAUCGAGUAAUAUAUUCGAGUACGUCAGACGCUAUACAGAAUAUAGACUAAUCAAAUCCCAAGAAAAGGCACUUGAGGCACUAAGAGAUGGAGUUUUCGACGUUUUGCCCGAUAGCAGCAUGAAUAGCUUAACCGCUGAGGAUUUACGUCUUCUGCUGAAUGGUGUCGGUGAUAUAAAUGUUUCAACAUUAAUUUCAUACACAACCUUUAACGACGAAUCUAGCGAGGGUCCCGAUAAACUGUUAAAAUUUAAGAAAUGGUUUUGGAGUAUUGUUGAGAAAAUGAAUAUUUUGGAGCGUCAAGAUUUGGUUUACUUCUGGACUGGAUCACCUGCGCUUCCAGCUUCGGAGGAGGGAUUCCAACCAUUGCCAUCUGUCACCAUAAGACCUGCGGAUGACUCUCAUCUACCGACUGCGAAUACUUGUAUAUCUCGGCUGUAUAUCCCCCUUUACUCCAGCAAAUCAAUUUUACGCAGUAAAAUGCUGAUGGCCAUUAAAUCCAAAAAUUUUGGAUUUGUAUAGGCGGUUGGAAAACUAUCCUAUGUGUAUAAGCUUCAAAUUCAUUUCUUAAUUAAUUUUAGUUUUUCUGAGUUUCGACUUGUCAUUUUUAACCAUACCAUUCCCAUUUUGGAUUAUCUAUUGUUUAAAUUUUUUUUUUCGAAUUUGAACAAUUUUUACGUAACGCAUUAUUCAAAGAGAUUGGCGCGGGUCAUGACGGUCUGACUUGACCGAACACUGUAGUAAAAAUAUGAAAUUUCCAAACAACAAAUGUAACCAAGAAAACGGCCAAUUAGGUAUUAGGAAGCCUAUGUUUUAAUUAUUAAACUUUUAAAUAAAAUAUGUUUUCUAAAGUAUGACUUAUGCACAUGUAUAUUUAUCGAUAUCGAUUCAAUAGAAAUUUGAAGAAAUAAAUAAUAAAAAUAAGUCCACCUUACGGAAAUUAUGUAUGAUACAAAA